AUAGGAGUACAGUUAAUGGUGCCUGUCAUUGUUAAAAUGGUUAAAACAGCGGAUGUAUGUCUAAUAUAGCUACUUAAUUCGUUCGAAUGUCGCGUAUAGCUGACGUUUUCAUUAAUGACUUGAGAAAUGAGAAUGGCAAUUAUUCAUACACCGUUGGAUUAUGCCUUACUACGGUAUUAACUAGCUGGGUUUAAAGUUAUCCCCAUUAGCUAACUCUAUUUAGCUAGUUACCUCUAUAUGGGCUGGCUAGCUAAUAUGGGUUAGCUAGCUAACCAUUAAGAACGAAUGUAUUGCUAGUCAACGAAUUUGCAAAGGGAGACGUGGAAUGACUCAAUGUAACCGCCUCAUUUUAGCAUCGGUUACAAUUGCAGGAUGAGCUUGCUGUAAAAAAAAAUAAACAAGACCGUGCCGGCGGUCGUUAACUCGGUUGUCAGGACCGGGACUAGCUCAAACUCUAGGCGGCGUUUUGCCUUCUCCCUACAGUUUUCAGCAUUAGCUUUGCCCACGAAUAGCUGGUAUGAACUACAACCCGACGCUACGUUAAGGUUUAGUAUUGUCAAUCAUCGCCAAUGACACAGCUUUCGAAGCAUAUGGCCCCUUCAUCAGCAUCCUUUCAGAAUGGACUCUUUGCUGCCUGCUGCUCAGAUCCGUGAGAAGUUCAUCGACUUCUUCCGUUGCCAUGAACACCAGUAUGUCCAUUCAUCCGCCACCAUACCUUUGGAUGACCCCACACUGCUCUUCGCUAAUGCAGGCAUGAACCAGUUCAAACCUAUCUUCCUGAACACCAUUGAUCCGUCCCACCCCAUGGCCAGACUCAAGCGUGCAGCUAACACACAGAAGUGCAUCCGCGCUGGGGGCAAGCACAAUGACCUGGAUGAUGUGGGCAAGGACGUGUACCACCACACCUUCUUUGAGAUGCUGGGCUCCUGGUCCUUCGGAGACUACUUUAAACACCUUGCUUGUACGAUGGCCCUGGAGCUGCUGACUAAGGAAUUUGGGAUUCCCAUCGAGCGUCUGUACGUAACCUACUUCGGGGGUCAUGAAGAAGCUGGGCUGGAUCCAGAUCUGGAGUGUAAACAGAUAUGGCUGGACCUCGGAAUGGACGAGGCUCGUAUUAUACCCGGCAGCAUGAAGGAUAACUUCUGGGAGAUGGGGGACACAGGUCCUUGUGGGCCCUGCAGUGAGAUCCACUUUGACCGCAUCGGGGGGAGAGAUGCAGGCCACCUGGUCAAUAUGGAUGACCCCAAUGUGCUGGAGAUUUGGAACCUGGUGUUCAUCCAGUACAACAGGGAGUCUGAGACAGAGCUGAAGCCCCUGCCUAAGAAGAGCAUUGAUACAGGCAUGGGUCUGGAGCGUCUGGUCUCUGUGCUGCAGAAUAAGAUGUCCAACUACGACACAGACCUUUUCAUCCCCUACUUCCAGGCCAUCCAGAAGGGUACAGGAGCCAGGGACUACACAGGAAAGGUUGGUCUUGAGGACGUAGAUGGCAUUGACAUGGCCUACCGUGUCCUGGCUGACCACGCCCGCACCAUCACCAUCGCCCUCUCUGACGGUGGCAGGCCAGACAACACAGGAAGAGGAUAUGUGUUGAGGAGGAUCCUGCGUCGUGCUGUGAGGUACUCUCACGAGAAGCUGGGUGCUCAAAAAGGCUUCUUUGCUACCCUAGUUGACGUGGUGGUAGAGUCCCUGGGCGAUGCCUUCCCUGAGUUGAAGAAAGACCCAGACAUGGUAAAGGACAUCAUCAACGAGGAAGAGGAGCAGUUCCUCAAGACACUCAGCAGGGGGCGAAAGAUCCUGGACAGAAAGAUCCAGAGUCUGGGAGACAGCAAGACCAUCCCUGGUGACACCGCCUGGUUGCUGUAUGACACAUACGGUUUCCCCCUGGAUCUCACUGCCCUAAUUGCUGAGGAGAGGGGGAUGAUGGUGGAUGUUGCUGCUUUUGAGGAGGAGAAGAAGGCAGCCCAGGUUAAGUCCCAGGGGAAGGGCUCUGGGGAUGAGGACCACAUCAUGCUGGACAUCUAUGCCAUCGAGGACCUUCGCAACAAAGGCAUCGCUGCUACUGACGACGUACUCAAGUACAGCUACAGUGCUGACGACAGCGGCAAAUAUGUGUUUGAGCAGGCUGUGAGCACGGUGCUGGCUCUGAGGAGGGAGCGUGCUUUUGUGGAUGAGGUGACGACAGGGCAGGAGUGUGGGGUUCUGCUGGACAAGACUUCGUUCUAUGCGGAGCAGGGAGGACAGAGUUUCGACGAGGGCUACAUGCUGAGAGAGGACGACUCUGUAGAUGAUAGGAUGGAGUUCACAGUGAAGAACACUCAGGUUCGGGGUGGAUACGUGCUGCAUGUAGGGACGGUUUACGGCACUCUGAAGGUUGGAGAUAACGUCAUUCUGCAUGUGGAUGAGGCUCGUCGUAGGCCCAUCAUGAGUAACCACACUGCCACCCACAUCCUGAACUUUGCCCUGAGGGAUGUCCUGGGAGAGGCUGACCAGCGUGGCUCACUGGUGGCUCCUGACCGCCUGCGCUUUGACUUCACCGCCAAAGGUGCUCUGAGCACAGAAGAGGUGCGACGCACAGAGGAGAUUGCCUGCACAAUGAUCCGCGAUGCAAAGCCUGUCUAUGCCAUGGAUACCCCCCUGGCAGCAGCUAAAGCCAUCCAGGGUCUGCGUGCUGUGUUUGAUGAGACCUACCCUGACCCGGUGCGCGUGGUGUCCAUUGGCAUCCCCGUGGCUGACCUCCUGGCUGACCCCAGCAGCACUGACGGCUUCUUCACCUCCAUCGAGUUCUGCGGAGGAACGCACUUGCGGAACUCUGGCCAUGCUGCACCUUUUGUCAUCGUGUCAGAGGAGGCCAUCGCCAAGGGAAUCCGCCGUAUCGUCGCAGUGACAGGAGCAGAAGCACAGAAGGCCCACAGGAAAGCAGAUGCUCUGAGACAGUCUCUUUCUGCUCUGGGGGACAAUGUGAAGGUUCAGACCGCCCCCAAUAAAGACGUGCAGAAGGAAAUCGCUGACAUGACAGAGUUUCUGGGCAUGGCAGUGAUCUCCCAGUGGCAGAAGGAUAAGAUGAGGGAAGCCCUGAAGGGCUUGAAGAAGACCAUGGAUGACCUGGACCGCGCCAGCAAGGCUGAUGUCCAGAAAAGGGUUCUUGAAAAGACCAAGGAGAUGAUUGACAGCAGCCCUAACCAGCCGCUGGUAGUUAUGGAGAUGGAAAGCGGAGCCUCUGCCAAGGCUCUGAAUGAGUCUCUGAAGCUGCUGAAGACCCAGUCCCCCCAGACUGCUGCUAUGCUCUUCACCGUAGACAACGAUGCUGGAAAGAUCAUCUGUUUAUGCCAGGUGCCCCAGGAUGUGGCCAACCGGGGUCUGAAGGCCAGUGAGUGGGUGCAGGAGCUCUGCCCUCUGAUGGAUGGCAAAGGUGGUGGCAAGGAUAUGUCUGCCCAGGCAACUGGCAGGAACACACACUGCAUAGAGGAGGCUUUGCAGAUGGCCAACCAGUUUGCCCAACUUAAACUGAGUGAAAACGAAUAGAGAGGAGGCUGGGGUGUGGUGAAUGAUUAUGGGGAAAGAUCCCACGAUCCAACCCCACUGGAAUGUUCCAGCUCUGUUCUCUGUGACUCUGAACUGGACGUUCCAGAAAAUUGUAUAGAAACAUUCACCCAUCCAAAGGUUAGAAAGGGAAGCAGAUACAAGAGCCCCCUUUCUCUGCAAUUUUAAGGAGGAUAACAUGGUUUUGAUCCAUGCACAAUUUGAUGGCUCCCUGCAAGAUCUGUGGUCGAAGGAUUAGGUGAUCAAAUGAUUGAUAGGUGUACGAAGAUGCUACCCCCAACAUCCUACCUGAUCUGUCCUGUAUUAGUCCUCCUUCCAUCCUCUCCUCCCACUUUAACUAACGAUGAAAAUACUCAACGGUAAACUGCUUCAGUUCAUUGCUUGUUUCUCUCUAUUUCAUUGGCCUCUUCCAUGUCAUUGUGUUUCACUUCCCCUCCCGGACUGUGGGGAGAUGUGUUCUCUGCAGACUGUCUUUCCUGCCAUUUGUAAUGUACAUUCACAACAGCAACCGUGGCACCUGUCAGCGCCACCAGCUGUGUAACAGUUUUAUUGUCUGUCAUCUCUCAAUAUUAAUGUAGUCAAUUAAUAAUGAAUUUAAAUAAACGGGUGACAUGA